AUGUCUACCCAGUUCGCACUGGUGAAGCUCGUUCUUUUGGGAGACUCCGCUGUUGGCAAGUCCUCCCUUGUUCACCGUUUUGUGCGAAACACCUUCAGUGCUUCCCAAAUUGAAGCAACCAUCGGUGCUGCCUUCAUUACUAAGGUCGUCAAUUUGCCCACUCCACCCGGAAGCGAAGCGCUAGAAUCCCUCGAUGCCGCAUCGCCCCGGGUAGUGAAGUACGAGAUUUGGGACACUGCUGGUCAAGAAAGGUACAGAUCGCUAAUCCCCAUGUACUACCGUAAUGCAGACUUUGCAGUGUUGUUGUAUGAUGUGUCUGAUCCCGACUACGAAAAGUCUGAGAGCCGGUUGAAGUAUUGGGUGGAUGUGUUGAAGUCUCAUGCAGAAACCAUUCAGGUAAUUGUAUGCGGUAAUAAGUUGGAUUUGGUGCUCAUUGAUGACAGCAAUGGGAACGAAGAGACCGAAACCGAAGAGACUGAGGCUGAAGAGACUAAUAACCAUGACCCAGCAAGUGCUUCGACUGCCGCUAAAAAGGCGAAUGAAACAGAGCGGGCGUGUGGUUCCUUAGGUGCGGUCGUUGAAAGCAUAGACCACUCUGAGAGUCCUUCGCAGGGUCACACCUCGUUUUCUGACUCGACAGCUACACAUAACAACGGUGUGGCAGAAUUCUGCCACAAAAAUGCCAUCCCACACUACUUCACAAGCUGCAAGACGAAUUAUAAUAUUCACGAGAUAUUUUACGCCGUCAUACCGGAUCUUAUACCGCCAGAUCGGUUCGAAGUCCUUACUCUAGAUGGCGCUAAUGGCAAUAACGCAACCAGCGGGAGUGGGACGGCGGGGGCGGUAAACCUACAAGAGAGAUUGAAAGAUAAGUCCCUGAACGUGUGUGCAUGCUAA